AUGGCCCUGGUGCCCUACGAUGAUGCUUCCGUGAUGGGGUUGCAGAAAUUCCAUAAGCCUGUCACCACCUUCUCCUUUGCAAGCCACACCAUCCAGAUCCGACAGGACUGGAGGCAGCUGGGAGUCGCUGCGGUGGUUUGGGAUGCGGCCAUUGUUCUCUCCACAUACCUGGAGAUGGGAGGAGUGGAGCUCAAGGGCUGUUCAGCUGUGGAGCUGGGCGCUGGCACAGGGCUAGUGGGCAUAGUGGCUGCGCUGCUGGGUGCUCAUGUGACUAUCACGGAUCGAAAAGUAGCACUAGAAUUCCUUAAAUCAAAUGUUGAAGCCAACCUACCUCCCCAUAUCCAACCCAGAGCCGUUGUUAAGGAACUGACUUGGGGACAGAACCUGGGCAGUUUUUCACCUGGAGAAUUUGACCUGAUACUUGGAGCUGAUAUCAUAUAUUUAGAAGAAACAUUCACAGAUCUUCUUCACACUCUAGGAUAUCUCUGUGGUGACCGUGCUGUGAUUCUGCUAGCUUGCCGAAUUCGUUAUGAACGGGAUAACAACUUCUUAGCAAUGCUGGAGAGACAGUUUACUGUGAUUGAGGUUCACUAUGAUCCUGGGAAAGAUGUCCGUAUUUACAAAGCCCAAAGACGCAAUGAGAGAGAGGACCUAUAGUUAGCUAUAAU